CCUAUUCAGUCAACGUUUAAUGCUUAGACUGGGACUUGGCUGUGUUUAUUAGUGGUGCAAUUUACUGUUAAGGUGUUUGAAAUUUUGCUGAUCAGCUAUCUGGAUUUAUUUGGAACUCAGUGAUUUCAUUAAUUGUAUUUGUUCAAUAGAACAUUUAAUCUUCAAUCUUCAAUGAAAACAACGUGAAAGCAAUCUUGGAGAUCUCUUUGACCCUGAUUGUUGGUUUGAAUUACUUGAUGGAUAGUUUUUUUUUCUGCAUACUGACCUGAUUUUGAGGUAAUUGCUGUUUGACCAAUAUUAAUUGGACUAAUUGGAUAUUACGCAUAUUUAAAAUACCUUUAUGUGAUUGGAACUCAAGUGCUAAAAAGCCCAGCCAUGCCCUUGUUGAUAGAUGACCAACCAAUGGGACCCAGUCCAAAGUCUGUGGCUGAGUUCAUACAGAGGUAUCCAAAGUUCAAGGAAAGUGCUAUCGUGUUGAGUUCAAAGCCCACCAAGGCGGUUCCUCCACAUGGCCUGCUGUAUGUAGGUCAGAGGGAAAUGGCAGUGGCCUCCCCUGAUGAUGAGAUCAUCCAGGUGCUGGGAACUGAUGAUGCUACAACCUGUCACAUUGUCAUCCUGCGGCAUACAGCCUCCAGUGCAACAGGCUUGGCACAUUUUGAUGGCUCAGGUCUCGCUAAUGCCACUCAGAAUCUCAUUGGCACUGUGAUGUCCGUCACAGGAGGAAAACAAUGGGGAAGGUUGGAGUUGACACUGGCUGGAGGAUUCAAAGAUGACAGGGGCACCUCAGAAAAUUUGUCAGUGAAAAUUCUAGAUUGUUUCAACAAGAAUCCGGCAGAAGUUCACUUAAUAACGGCCUGCAUAACAGAUCUGAACACAAGAAAUGAAAAGGGUGUUCCAUUUCCUAUCAUCUAUGGUUUAGCUACUAUCAUACAGACCGGGGAGGUGUUUCCUGCAAAGUUUCAGGACAGGGGUCCAGACCAGCCCCUCAGGUCAGCACGAUCCUUCACAGGCGCCGAUGAGGUGCUGAAUGUCUAUGACAACCGCAAGAAGCUGCUGGUUGUCGGACCGUUCAACUACAGCAGCAUGGACGAGAUAGACCUCCUCUGUCGUCUGCCCGACCCAAUCAUACGAGAGCAUUUAUCAACUUCGCCUGCUCAAGAACCCAAACACUUUGAGGCCAGUGUCAGAGCUGCCCUCGUUCAGAUUCGGGACUUUCCAGACCCCCUCAAGUCAGUUUUCAACGGAAAGGGCCGCCAUUAUAAGAAAGAACCUGAUGGCAAAUGGUCCAAAGUUGCCUAGGAACAGUUGACAUUUUGUUGUAUUUACAUUGUGUCAACAUUUUAUCAUUUUCUCUGUUUUGCGUUUGUAUGCAGAAUACAAUAUAUGUAUGAUAUAUGUACAGUAAUUACUCUAAGUUUUCGGACACCUAAGUUUUCGGACGCCCUCAAAUUUAGUCAAAAUAAUAAUUUGUUGUGACCUUUAUUUUACGGACACCAAUAUUUUUUCCUAAAAGAAAUGACUAAAAAUGAUCAGAAAGUUGAAUUUUAUCAAGAGUUCUACAUUUGUGUGUUGAUCCGUUGCAUACCGUUUUAACAACAGGAUGAAAACCAUCAAACUUGUUGAGAAUGCAAAAAGUGAGUGGACUGUACCAAUUGCGUACAGUAAUUAGGGUAAAUUGGCGUGGUUAUAGGCAAUGAUCUUACCCGAUUGCUUUUAGACUAUGCUUUUGUAAAUGAUAGUUGUAAGUAAAUAAUGAUUUCACACUUUUUGUUUUGUGUCAUUUUCGGUAUGAUGUCAAGUAGAGCCAAAUAUGGUAACCUGAUUUCUUUUGCAAAUUAUUGUUUUGUUAGGUAAUGCAACUUAACAAUUCAGUCAUAAAAGCAACUUGCUCUUUAAAAAGAGUAUGAUACAUAGGCAGCGAAUUAAUUUUGAUAUAUUUUAAGAUCUAAAAGUUGUUAUUUCAAAUAUGAUAAAUGAAACCGUAUUUUCGAUUGUUUAUUUUAGUGCAAUAAUAUUAAGUUCUCACUAAAGCACAUUAAAUGCUAACCAUCUCUCAGGUGACAAUAAACUUAUGAAUAUUCAACCGACAUAAUGUCAUAUUGUCUCUCAAUUUUCGUACACAAUAUUUUAGUGUCUGAAAACAUAUACUAAUUACGGGAUAUGAUAUAUGCAACAUUCAUUUCAUUAUUUAUUAUUAAGCACAAAAAUUUAAUAUGAGCUGUGUCAUGCGAAAAGGGGUCUUAUGCCACAUGCAGCUUGCGGAGCUCCAAACCAGCCUCGUCUAGUCAGGAGCUACCGGGUCUGCUAUAACGUCAGUGCUGAAGGCUUAGUGGUCUUAGUAGCAAACAGGGAAGCUCUAGACAAAAUGUUAAAAUGCAGUUUUUGUAUGACGUGGCUCAUAUGUAUUGUAAUGAAAUCACUUCCUAUACAUUUUUAUACAUUAUGGACUAAGUACACAACAUGCUUCUAUGUUUAGUUUUUUCUUAAAAAGUUAUAGUUUUAUUUUAUGUUCAUAUGUGUAGGCACCAAGGAUGAACCUGUACUGUUUUAUUGUGUUUAUUCAUGUAAUUCUGUUUUAUAUCAAACAUAUAUUUGUUUGUAAUAUGCCUGUCACAGUGCUAUUAAUAAAGACAGGCUAUGUUAGAUUUAAUGUUAGAAAGAAGACUUCUGUUGACCUUUGAUUUCUGGAGUUUUUGUUGUUAUAGAAUUAUUUUAGACAUGGGCCUUGGCACUGGGUAAAUGGGGCUUAAUGCAUGUGCGUAAACUGUCAUCCCAGAUUAACUUGUGCACAGGCUAAUCAGGUACAACACUUUCUGCAUAGAAUGAAUUUUUGUUUAAAAGAGACUUCCUUAAAAUGAAAAAUUCCAUAAAAAUUGAAAGCGUCGUCCUUGAUUAGCCGGCGCGGAUUCCACAGGUUAAUCUGGGACAACACUAAGAAAAUGAAUUAAACUCUGUUUUCCAAAAGCGAGGCUCAAAUUUAUUUGAGUCAUGUUCUGAGAAAACUGGGCAUGACGCAUGUCCGUUAAGUGUUGUCCCAGAUUAGCCUGUGCAGUCCGCACAGGCUAAUCAGGGACGACACUUUCCGCCUAAAUUGGUUUUUUGCUAAGAAGAGACUUCAUUAAAACAAAAUAUGUCAUAAAAGCAGAAAGUGUCGUCCCUGAUUAGCCUGUGCAGACUGCACAGGCUAAUAUGGGACGACACUUUAUGCAUAUGCAUUAUGCCCAGUUUUCAGAACACAACCCAUUUAAUUUAUAUUUCAAAAGUAAAUAUCACUGAUGAAGUUGUGUUACAUUGCUGCAAAUCAAGCAAUGUAAAUGAAUUGUUCCUAUAUGGCCUAUGGCAGAAGAAGAAUCAAUUUGAAGUUAAGUUUGCGUAGAAAUUGUUUAUUUUUAUAACGAAUGAGUUGCCUGGUCUUCUUAUUUUACAAGGUUCCAUUUUAAAUUAUUGACUCAAAAAAACACGUGAUUCAGAUUUUGCUUUUUUUUUUAUUCAGCUGUAAAAAUGUAAUCAAAUACUUAAUUUAUAAUAAUUCACAGAUUGAGGGGAUUUAAGUUAAUGGUAAUUAUAAAGUUUUCUUAUUGUUUACAGUGUGAGACACACUUUUAAAGUUGUUUUAUAAUAUGAAAGUUAUUUAAUUUUGACAUUAUGUAACUACUAUUUUACUAAAAUCAUUCCUUGUACAAAAGAGGCGCAUCCACCGUUUGUAUUUGUAUUAUGCUAUUAUAAGGUAAUAUAUUUUUAAUAGAUAUUCCAAGUAGCUUUGUAAAUACCUGCAAGGAUUAUACGGUAUCAACCUUUUUAUCAGUGUUCAGCAUAAUCUCCAUUAAGAUGCAUGUUUAACAUAGAUCUGAUUAUGAUUAUCUAUCUUUGUUAUGGGAGGUCCAUGCACAUGAAUAUCUAUAUAUUCUAUUAUUAUGUUUAUUAUAUGUGGCAGGAAGUACAAAAUGGCUGAAGGCUGUUUUUUACAUUAGAAAUGAUGUUAAAUCCAUUAAUUAAACGUCAUUUACGUUUAUUAUGAACGUUCAUGUAACUUAAAAUCAUUUGAAUUACAACCGUGUUUUAUAGACUGGGGCUAAAUGUUUUUAAAUAAAUUCAAUAAAAUUAAAUAAAAUAAUUUUCUCUAUUACUGUUCGAUUAGUAUGUUUAUUGAUCUGCACGUUUAACAUUUUAAUAAUGUUACGGAUUUUUUGUUUUAUUAGAUGUUUUGUCACAGUUUGUGUCUUGUAAACAAAAUAGAAACAGAGUGAGAAGACAAA